AUGCCUCCCCAGCGGAAGCGGAAGUCGGAGAGCGCGUCCCUCGCCGAAGAGAGUGCCCCAGCUGCCAAGAGAGUUGCGCCGGAUACGCCAAACGACAGCGAGAAACGAAAGAGAGGUCGCCCCAGGAAGUAUCCCGAGGGUUCGACUCCCAAGCGCCCGGAUGGCCCCAAAAGAGGUCGCGGUCGGCCUCGUAAAGACCCCAACUCUGUCUCCACUCCCUCCAAGCCCAAGGGACCCAAAUCGGAUGGCACUUUCGGCCGGGGUAGGCCUAGGAAGUCGUCGCCGAACCCGAAGCCGACGUCGACGCCUUCGCGGAACGGUACCAGCGAAUCGACUCCCAAACAAUCUAAAACAGAAUCGCCAGAAGCUACUUCGGGACCCUCGUACUGGUUGAUGAAGGCAGAGCCGGAGAGCCGUAUGGAGAAGGGUGUCGAUGUCAAGUUUUCUAUCGAUGAUCUCCGCGAACGCACGGAGCCAGAAGCCUGGGAUGGUGUACGGAACCCGUCUGCGCAGAGACACAUGCGGGCCAUGAAGAAGGGUGACCAGGCCUUCUUUUAUCAUUCCAACUGCAGAGUACCCGGAGUUGCCGGCGUCAUGGAGAUUGUGGAAGAACAUUUUGUCGAUGAAUCGGCCUUUGAUCCUGCCCACCCCUACUACGACGCCAAGUCGAAGCGCGAGAAACCCAAGUGGGAGGCGGUCCGGGUGGAGUUCCGGCGCAAAUUCAAGAACCUCGUGGCCCUGAGUCAGCUGAAGGAACACAUGGCUCCUGGAAAGCCGCUGGCGAACCUUGAGAUGCUGAAGCAGUCCCGGCUGAGUGUGUCGUCGGUGAGACCCGAGGAAUGGGAGUUCAUCUUGGGACUUGCCGAAGAAGAGGAAGUUGAAGACAAGGAAGCUGAGGCGACCGAGGCGACCGAGACGCCUGAGGCGGCCGAAGCAAACGACGCCAAGGAAGCGACUGAUGCGACUGAAGCGACUGAAGCGACUGAGUCGACUGAGUCGACUGAGUCUCCUAAGGGCGCCUCUACUGAGAAGCCCGAGGAAGCGUCGCAACCAAGCGAAUGA